GCCGUCUACACGGACAUCCCGGCCCCAGAGGCGGCGCGCCAAUGCGCCCCGCCGCCGGCGCCCCCUACCUCGUCCAGCGCCACCCUGGGCUACGGCUACCCAUUCGGGGGCAGCUACUACGGCUGCCGCCUGUCGCACAACGUGAACCUGCAGCAGAAGCCUUGCGCGUACCACCCGGGCGAUAAAUACCCGGAGCCGGCGGGCGCCCUGCCUGGUGACGACCUGUCCUCCAGAGCCAAGGAGUUCGCCUUCUACCCCAGCUUCGCCAGCUCCUACCAGGCGAUGCCCGGCUACCUGGCCGUGUCGGUGGUGCCCGGGAUCAGCGGGCACCCGGAGCCGCGUCACGACGCGCUCAUCCCCGUCGAAGGCUACCAGCACUGGGCUCUCUCCAAUGGCUGGGACAGUCAGGUGUAUUGCUCCAAGGAGCAGUCGCAGUCCGCCCACCUCUGGAAGUCCUCUCCUCCAGACGUGGUUCCCCUGCAGCCCGAGGUGAGCAGCUACCGGCGCGGGCGCAAGAAACGCGUGCCCUACACGAAGGUGCAGCUGAAAGAGCUGGAGAAGGAGUACGCAGCAAGCAAAUUCAUCACCAAAGAGAAGCGCCGGCGCAUCUCGGCCACCACGAACCUCUCGGAGCGCCAGGUCACCAUCUGGUUCCAGAACCGGCGGGUCAAAGAGAAGAAGGUGGUCAGCAAAUCGAAAGCGCCUCACCUUCACUCCACCUGA